AUGACUACGACACACAACGAAACCUUGCCAAACGAAUUCUGGAAGCAUCUGGGCAAGUUCAACUUAUCAGAAUACUCCGAACCACGAUGGUCGAUUUUGGUCAACGACAUGGGACUACAGUGCACUCUUUACUGGAGCUCUCCGCAUGCAACUCCUCCAUCUCCGCCCGCGAGUCCGGAGAAGGAAGCCAACUCGCAAAGCAUCAACAACACGAGCUCGGCCGCGCUGCACAAGAUGCUCCAGCAGCGGCUCCAACAAAUGAACUCGAAGAACUUGCUCUUGCGCAACCCGAUUACGACAGUUGAAGUGCCUACCCGUCCCUGCUCGGUGGGCGCCAAGAGAAAGGACUCUCCUCCACUUCCCAAGCCUGAAAUUUACGGACAGAUGCCAAAGAAACCUUGCAUGAAUCCUACUUCAUCACCGAAUAUCCAUCCAACAAUGACUCCUUCAAUGACCUCUUCUUCUAACACUUCUUCAUCUCCAAAUCAAUCCCGCGAACAAGACGAUAGCGAGCUCGUCAUUGCCGAAGACGACGAUGAAACUCUCGACAAGAUCGUCCGCAACCAGCACCAAGCCGAAUCCACGCCUACCCAUCCUCAGUCUCUCCCUCAAAUCCCCAAAGAUCUCGCCGCUCAAAUCCAGGUCGCGACCCAGAGCUUCCAACAGAAGAAACUCUUGAUGCCCAACUUGGGAAUGAUGGGACACGGACUUGGAAACUUGGGACAGAAAAUCGGACAAGCUGGCAAAUUCCAACCAAAUGACUUGAUGCAAAAAUUGCUCGGCGCCCAGGCAGAUCCCAACAGCGCGAUCAAGAAAUUUUUGGAACAACAAGCUGGCAUCAAGCAGGAGGAUACUAACGAUCUCGAUGAGUCUGAUGUUGAAAAUAUUGACAUGUCUGACUCUCACGAUGACCUGAAAAUGAAGCUCAGUCCUUUUAUGCACGCCAAAAGCAUGCCAACUCUUCAACAAAACAGCAUGAUUGUCCGAAACGGCGAGGGUCAAUUCGGAAACUCUCCGCCAACUGGCGCCACUCGCAAGAAGAUGGAGGACUUCAUUUCCGCUCGCGGAAAAAUGAUGGACUUGGACCUUCUCCGUCAGCGAUUCUCCAAUCCUCUCGCUCGACCUACUUUGACCAAGUUUGUCUACGCUCUCACUCGACUCCUCUUCACCGACGACGAGAUCAUCGCACCUCUUCGCGAUCUCGAUCAGGAGAAGAUCGACUGGAUCUUCGACGAGACUUACCGCAUGUUUCCUGGCUGUACCUAUCCAACAGUCAAAAACGCAGUCGGCCAAGUUGGACGAACAAAGCGAUACAGAGCCAAGUACGCUCUCGGCGGACGACAAGGCGCACCACAGAAUGGAAACCCUCUUUCUCUCCCCGACAACUUCCUUUCGGGACUUCCCUCUCUUCUCUCGAUGCCUACGUCGUUGUCUUCACCCCAUUCGACGCCGGUGGUGUCGACAUCAGUGCCAACCAUGCCAACGAUGAUCACAUCUGUGGACGAGCACGGCGCAGAGGAGUAA